CUCUCUGGAUCGCUGCGGAUACUCGGAACCUGAGAGGGUCGACUUCCUAAUACUUACCCAGACUGCGGUUUGAACCGAGGACUUUGCACUGAUUACCCAGAGUUCCGCCGCUGCUGCAGGUUGUUAUCAUGUCGGUUGUCGGGUUCGACUUGGGUUUUCAGAACUGUCACGUUGCUAUAGCCCGAGCCGGCGGCAUCGAGACCGUUGCCAAUGAAUUUAGCGACCGCUGCACCCCCGCUGUAGUAUCGUUUGGAUUGAAAAACAGGACAAUUGGCAUUGCUGCCAAAAACCAGCUAAUCACAAAUGCCAACAACACUGUAUCCAGCUUUAAGAAAUUCCAUGGCCGUGCAUUUAAUGAUGCAUUUGUGCAGAAAGAGAAGAAUAAUUUGCCCUACACGCUAGUACAAACGAAUAACGGUGGUGUUGGUGUUAAGGUCAAUUAUCUGGAAGAAGAGCAUGUAUUUAGCAUUGCACAAAUAACUGCCAUGCUGUUAACUAAGCUAAAGGAGACUGCAGAGAACAACCUCAAGAAGCCGGUCACUGACUGUGUCAUAUCUGUACCAUCCUUCUUCACAGAUGCAGAGAGGAGAUCUGUUUUAGAUGCUGCCCAGAUUGUUGGCCUUAACUGCCUGAAGUUAAUGAACGACAUGACAGCAGUUGCUUUGAACUAUGGAAUAUAUAAGCAGGACCUUCCAGCUCCAGAGGAGAAACCUAAAAUUGUGGUGUUUGCUGACAUGGGACACUCCUCUUUCCAAUUAUCUGCCUGUGCCUUUAAUAAAGGCAAGUUAAAGGUUCUUGGCACAGCCUUUGACCCAUACUUGGGAGGAAGACGUUUUGAUGAAAAGCUUGUUGAACACUUUUGUGUAGAAUUCAAAACAAAAUACAAGCUGGAUGUGAAAUCCAAAAUCAGAGCCGUUCUGCGCCUCCAUCAAGAAUGCGAAAAGCUGAAGAAACUAAUGAGCAGCAAUAGCACUGAUCUGCCGCUAAAUAUUGAAUGCUUUAUGAACGACCUUGAUGUAUCGGGGCGGAUGAACAGGGUUGAAUUUGAAGGUUUAUGUUCUGACCUCUUGCAAAGAAUAGAAGGUCCUCUUCACUCAUUAAUGGAACAGACACAGUUACGUGCCGAAGAUAUCUCUGCAGUGGAGGUCAUUGGGGGCGCCACUCGAAUUCCAGCUGUGAAGGAGAGGAUUGCUAAGUUCUUCGGGAAGGAUGUCAGCACGACAUUAAACGCAGAUGAAGCUGUGGCAAGAGGCUGUGCUCUGCAGUGUGCGAUACUUUCUCCAGCAUUCAAAGUGAGAGAGUUCUCCGUCACAGAUGUUGUUCCUUACCCCAUCUCUCUUAAAUGGAGCACAGAAGCAGAUGAGGCUGAGGGAGUCCACGAAGUUUUCAGCAAAAAUCACGCUGCUCCUUUUUCCAAAGUUCUCACCUUCUACCGAAAGAAUGCUUUCCAGAUUGAAGCUUUUUACUCUGAUCCUUCUGCCGUCCCCUAUCCAGAACCAAAAAUAGGUCAUUUUGUGGUGCAGAACAUUUGUGCAGCUAAAGAUGGCGAGAAGUCGAAGGUGAAAGUGAAGGUGCGCGUAAACACACAUGGCAUUUUCAGUGUCUCCACUGCCUCCAUGGUAGAGCGAAUGGAAGUGGAUGAGUCUGAGGAGCAGACUGGAGAAAUGAGUGGAGCUGAGAGUCUGAGCACUACUGAGACCCUGGAAACUGAUAAAGGUAUCCAGCAAGACAGCAGUGAGGCUGGAACACCGCCCCAGGUACAAACUGAUGAGCAGCACUGUCCCCCUCCACCUGAGACAUCCAGUGGGGAUCAUAAAAUGACUGAAACUGACAAAGGCAACGAAAAGAAAAUAGAUCAGCCUCCAGAAGCGAAGAAGCCCAAGAUAAAGGUGAAGAACAUAGAGCUGCCCAUUGAAGCAAAUCUCGUAUGGCAGCUGAGCAAGGACCUUCUUAAUAUGUACAUUGAGAAUGAGGGCAAAAUGAUCCUUCAAGAUAAACUGGAGAAAGAGCGGAACGAUGCCAAGAAUGCCGUGGAGGAGUACGUCUACGAGAUCAGAGACAAACUCUCCGGGCCUUACGAAAAAUUUGUCAGUGAUAAGGACCAAAGCAAAUUUCUAGAGCUUCUAACGGAAACUGAGAACUGGCUGUACGAGGAUGGUGAAGACCAGCCCAAGCAGGUGUAUAUUGACAAGCUGGAAGAGCUGAAGAAACUCGGCACUCCAAUUCAGAAUCGUUGUAGAGAGGCAGAAGAGCGUCCAAGAAAGUUUGAAGAGCUUGGACAAAGACUUCAGCACUAUGCCAAAAUUGUAGAAGAAUACAGGAAUAAGAGUGAAGCCUAUCAACACAUCAGCAGCACUGAUAUAGAAAAGGUGGAAAAAUGUGUCCGAGAGACCAUGGAAUGGAUGAACAAUAUAAUGAAUGCCCAGGCAAAACAGAGACUGGAUCAGGACCCGGUUGUUCAAGUGCACGAAAUCAAAGCAAAGUGCACAUCUUUGGACAGCAGCUGCCAUGGAAUCGUAUCACAACCAAAGCCCAAGGUUGAAUCUCCAAAACAAGAGAAACCUGUGAAUGGCGUGAAUGAAAACCAUGAAGAUGGCACCAACGGCGAAAAGAACAAGAAUAACCCGACCCAACCCCAGCAGAAUGGAGAAUGUCAUCCCAAUGAGAAGAGCACCAUUGACAUGGACUUUGAUUAAUGGGUUGGGUUUGACCUUUUGCAGCAAAAGUAGCGAGCAGGAAGUCUUCCCACGCAAACUGGUUGUAAAUUAAGAUUUAUAAGAUUUUUUUUUUUUUUUGUUCUAAUAUUUCAGUAAGAGGCGACCAAACACUGCUUAAGGGACUAUUUAUUAUGACAUGUUUUAAAGAAAAGGUUACUUUUUUAUGUGUUAUGUAUUUUUCUUCACUGUAUGAUCUAUGGAACGCGUAUUGACUCUGAUAUUGCCUUGGUUACUUGAAAAACAAAUUCCUGUGGAAUUGUGAACUUCAUAUUGACGCUUCUUUGUAGAUGAAAUCUUUCAGAACACAGCAGGCAUCUCAAAUUCUGGCUGAUAUUUAAUAAAGCACCAGAAGAACAGCAUUUCCGUCAUUUUCCUUUAAAGGGUACUUGCAUGCCGCAACGAGCCAGAAGGCUUUAAGAAACUGUUCUUCCGAACCAUUACUUUAUUCUUGACGUAAUUCCUUCAUACAGAUAUUUGUCUCUCUUGGUGCAACUGUUAUAUUACUGGAGUUUUAAUGGUGGGGGGAAAAAAGAAAACGUAUGUUGUUGUCACAAGAGCCAACCAGCUAUUACAUAUAUUUUAUUUCCCCUUGAAUUUGCUUUCAGAAAGCCACAGUGAAAGAUGUACUGAUAGUGUUGUGCCUGUCAUGGAGCCUUCAUUGAACUUUAAUAAAUAAAGUUCUUGACUCAAA